GGAACGCGAUAGUUUUCAUUAAUUGACCAUAUAAGGAAUGUUUAUGUUACGGAUUCUUGUCAAAGCCAAACAGUACGGCAGCCAUCAUUCGCGUUUUUGGAUAACUGACUAACGUGCAGUGUUUGCUGUUUUGAUACAGACAAAGCACCACAUGUCUGCGAAGAACAUGGUACAAUGCAAAGUAACUGAAGUCACUAUGCUGAGCCCUGUGGGAAAGAUUCAGGUAACGGGAUGUGAGAAAGGUAUACAUGGCAUACAGCUGCAAGCAGAUGCAGUACCUGCAGCAAGGACUGAAAUGGACCCUUUUACUUGUGUAGUGUGUGACGCUCCGAAGGAAAUGAAGGGCCAGCUGAAACAGUGUGUGGACUGGAUCAAAGCCUAUUUCUGUGAGCCUCAGAUGGUUGAGAAACUUCCUCUCCCAGCUUUUCAUCAUUCUAUUUUUCAAAGAGCCUCGUUCACCAGCCGAGUGUUACAGACCCUGCUGAGGGAUGUGAAAUUUGGAGAAACAGUCUCUUACAAGCACUUAGCAGAAAUGGCAGGCAAUUUCAAAGCAGUGCGUGCUGUAGGAGGAGCAAUGAGAAGCAAUCCUGCCUACAGAAGACCCCACCUCUUAGAAACAUAAUUUCCGCUUCCGGCUCUAUCAACCUGCUUUCCAGAGAUGUCACUUCCUCUUCUGGUUCCUCUGAGCCCACAUCUUCCUGUCACUCGACUAUAUAACAGCCUCAUGUUUAUUUGUUACCUCAGUUCUGUUUUGGACUUAUAUCUGCAAAGGACAUUUCAUUAAUUCUACCUGAUUGCCAAGUAUGUGUGGUGGCUACCCCCAAAACAUUUUGUUGUGUUUCUGCUUCUUAUUUCACCUCAAAAUAAAUUAAUCUUGGGUAGACCUAGGCUGCCAAACCCUGACUUUUGUCAGUCUCAUUUUGGCAUCACAGAUGACUUGUGUGUUAAUGGAAUGUAACUGCUUAUGGCUAAUAAAAGUACUUCAUUCUCACUAGAUGCCCUUAUUGCAAUAUGAGUGCAGUAAAGUUCUCCAAUUACAUUACAGAAAACCAGACACUGCUGCAAAUUGCCUUUUCAUACUGACAAAGACAUGUUAUGUUUUACGUGUGUAAAUCCACACUAUACAAAAACUGACUGUAGCACCUCAUCAGUUCAUUAAUUCCAGCACAGUGGUCAUGACGAAGUGAAGCUUGGCUGAGACAUUUCUGACCAUUUGGCCAGUGAAGUGACAACAGUCUGAUGAGAAAAUAAAAAACAUUCUUCUGUGCAAAUACACAGAACUUGCCCUCUUAAAAGAGCAGUAUCAAAUAGAGUCUGUACAUCAUAUUCAUCACUUUUGAGUUUUAAUACUUUGGUCACAUUAGCACACAUUAUAAUAAUGUCUCAGUGAUAACGAAUUAUUGUAUGCGUAAGUCAUCAUUUACCUGGUUUUUAUUUUUAUUUGUCGCCAGAUGAAGUAAACAAAAACAAAAGAAAAAACGUGCAGAUGCGCUGCUCCCUGGUCCAGGGUUCCUCCUUCUCGGGAGUUAAUUUCGUGCUCCGCAGUGCGACUUUUUCGGUUCUCCCAGCAAAAGACACCUCUCUUUAGGCUGCGUGUCCUUUAUGGUGAAAUGCCCGGAAGGGGCGGGACUAAAUGCCCUUAUUGGGCAGUCUGUCGCAGCUGUGAGGGAAGAAGAGAAACAGGACAAAGUCAGAGAUAGCCCCCCUCUCAUCUUGGCAGGUUAUUACAUACCUUUCCCCAGCCCUCAAAGGAGUCCUUCGACACCCAUGCCUGACAACAUAUGCAUCAAGUGUCCUGGUAUAAAUCCCAACUUUUGCAUAUGCAGUUUUUGAAAAUCUGACUCCAGGUCAGGUUCCUGCAAAUUAACCGCUAAGGCAACAUCCCACCAAUAAAUCUUAUUGCAUAAAAAGGCUUUCAGAGCAAAUAUUAAUAAUCAUAUUAUUACUCACUAGUUUAAUACUUAAUAGUUGUUUAUUCUGGCUGUUUCUUUGAAUUCCUGCUCUGAAAGAUUUACUCAGUUUCUGUGUUAAAAAAAUAGUAACCGUUGACAUAAAGGAUACUUACUGCUGCAUGCCUGAAAUUCUGAAUGUAGUCCAUUCUGUGUUGACUGUGUGAGGCUGAGCCUCUGGUUACUCAGAAGGCAUAAUGCAAUACUCAGCAGUACGCAAACACUUAUUCAGCUUUGUAUUGACCAUUGUCUGGAUCACUCUCUCUGUUUAUCAAGUUCAGGCUAUUUUAUUUUUAUCAUAUUGAAUCUUGUCCUUUAAAAUUAAAGAACCAUCAUUCCUCUUCUAAUUGCAAAGAUAGCAGUUGUCAAAUUCUCAAUUUUCAGCUCUAUUAAUUGAUACUGAUUUUUGAAUUAAUUACAUUCAGUAUGAGCUGAGUGAUUUUUUUUGGAAAUAUAAAUUGCACUUACUGUUCACGUUUCUCCUAUACUUAAAUUAGAUUGUUUAAAAGUUCUUUAUCACUAUGACAAAAGCAAAGUAUAGCAAAGUGAAAUAAAAAACAUUUUUGUGACUCCAAGUAGAUUAUGUAAAUGUCUGGGCUGCAGUAAAUUAAUGGUAGCAUCCACUUUUGAUCACGGCAAGAUCUGAUCACUGUCUGUCUUGGGGGACUUUUUUCCAAGGUCUGCUGUUCUUCUUCUCCUCAAAUGCCAGCAUGCAGGUUAGGUUGACCGACACUGUUAAAUCUGGCCUACUAUUCAUUGUAUUUGUGAAUGAGUGUACCCAGUUAUGGUCUAGAAAUGAUUCCCAGGGUCUGGCCUGCACAACUCUGAGCUGAAUUAAGUAAAUUAGAUAUUCAGUGGUUGAAUAGAUUUACUUUAUUUGCAACACCAUGAACCCUUUCCAGCCUGCCAACCUCCAUAGCAGUAGUAGGUGAUUUGUCAUCUCUUUUGAGAUGAAAAUGGGGGCAAUCAUUCCCAUGCAACUGUAAAAUAGGUGUGUUACUUCAGAGUGGAUGUGGAUAAACCUGCGUUUAUAGUCACCUUUGUAAAGAACAUUAAUUUAAAACUUGAAAAUUUUGAUUGUAUUAUUGGUACAAGUAAACCUUAGGUGUUUUUGUGGACACCUUAGACGGUAGUUAGAAAUCUUUUUAGUGAUCCAUUUCAUAAAUAGUGAGAAGGACACCAGGAAUGCCUACUGAACAGAAUCUGUGUUCUUUUCAUUUUUCGAGAAUUUUUGUUUGUUUAUUUUAGGACAUUGAGAAAAUAAUUGACUAGCAUCCUGUCCAGGGUUGGUUUCUGCCGUGCACUAAACCCUGCUCAUUUCCGAAUUGUUUUAAAAAUGUUUGAAAAAUGGAUGGAUAGAUUAAAAAAAGCAAAAACACACAGGUAGCCAGAAAUGAUUUUAAAAGUUUUUGUUUCUAUAAAAAUGUAUGCUUUCAAAGAAAUCAGCAAAGAACUUUUGCUAAAAAAUGUGCAGGCAUUCAAAUGAUAAAAAAACUUUCAGAUUGACCCUGUGUACAAAGUUUUAAAGGCCCUAGCUGUGUGAUUUCCACUAGGAGCAAACUGUGGAGUUUUUGACAGGAUGGGCGAAGUUGUGAUAGCAGUUUGUCUGUCUAACAGGAUGGUCAGUUUUUCAUUGCAUCAAACCUAAAGCACUUAGCAAUCUUGACACCAUAGUUAAACACCGCUCUGUUCUGUCCACAGACAGGAUUUGCUAAAUGCAUUUCAAAGACAAUCAAUACAUUGUACAGAGAGUUUUCCCUCCACCUUUUUUUUUUCUUUUUAAACAAACGCGUUAUCAAGGAGUUAGUUUAUUCACAGAUUGCCGUGAGCAUUAAUGACUGCCUGCGUCUUGUUUUGCCAGUCAUCUAGAUGGCUGUUGAUAAAGAUUUAGCAUCAUGUUCUAAGUGUCAGGUCUGUCAGUAGUGCUGAACCAUUUGACCAGAAGAAAAAACGCACAGGGAGCUAUUGAUUACAGCUUCUCAGUGUCACUUGUUCACCAGGAUUUAGGUAUUGAUGAGGCCGCAAGUGAAAACAACCUCUUUCCCUUGUGGGCCUCUACCCAGAAGAAGAAAAUGCAAAGUCGGAGAAAAUAUUCAGCUGGUACCAGAAUCAGAGGGAUUCCAUUAUCGAUUGAAAUGCUCCUUCAUGUUAUUUUUGUCGGAGACAAAUCUAUGGUUUUGGAAGCUUUAUAGCAUUUGAAAUAGGGGCUGUGUAAAUGAUGGAUUCGUGUAUUGGAUGAAUUAGAUUUCACAGCGUGUGUGUUUCUAUGCAGCUGUACUGCUGCCAACGUCUUGAUUAUUAAUAAUAAAAAUUGAAUUUUAUAUAGUGUAAGCAGUGGAGUGCAAGCAUCUGACUGUAUGGCCUUUAGAGUAAUGAUUCAUAACAUAUUAGAAGGGUCAUAAAAUGAUUCUCUUUGUUGUAUUAUUUAUUCAUUUAAUUGUUUAUUUAUUAAUAAUACUGAAUGCUUUAUUCCUCACAUGUUGUAGAUCUUGUGCUUGCAUUAAGCAGAAUUGAUAACUUGUGAAUCUACAUUACUGUUCCGUACUAUGGCGGUUAAUACAACUUAUUUAUAUUCACCAUCUUAAUGUGCAUCUACAAUUGGCCAUCCACUGUGAACUUAGAGUUAAUAAAGUUGUUGGAGUAUGGCAUUUUUUAUUUUUUAUCAUGAGAAUCAUUCAGUUAUAAUACCCUAUAUGAACUAUUGUGUAAUGGCAACCUUACAUGUAGUUGGAGCUGCUGGGCUAAUUACUCCACAUAUAAACAUGUUUAAUUACGUUUGCU